AUGUCCAACUCAACUUUCCAUUUAGACGAUCCCCUCAACAUCUGUGCAACAGUGAUCAUGAUUGUCGUAAGGAUUUAUAGAUUUCUAGGUCGAUUGAUAUAUCACAAAUAAUAGACUGGUCUGGUCGGGAUCCUCUUAAACUCUCUGAUCGUUUACAUCUUCGCUCGUUCGCCCCUCGAGAGAUCCUCGUUCGAUCUGAUGUGUGCUUUCCGAGGUGCCUCCAGCACCAUCAUUCUGAUCUGGGCCUUUUUCGGAACGUUCGUACCGAUAACCUUCCUGUAAGAUAACUACCACCACAACAGAAGAGAGUUUGUCGUUUCAGAGGAGCCUCUCCUUUCUCUUACGCAUACGAAACAGUGGUGAUCGGAACGUGCAACGCCUUCUACACUGCACUCCAGUACAGCGGGUUUCUGAUUGCUAUAAACCGCGCGUGCGCCAUGAACUUUCCGGUGUACUACAAAAUCAUUUUCAGCUUCAGAUUGACUCUGGUAAUAGUAAUGACUCGGUUAUGGACCUAACUUGAAAGUUUAGCUCUUCACCGUUGUUCUAUUUGGAUAUCAAAUAGUGAACGUCGCUUAUGAACUCAUUUCAUAUGUCAUACGUUAGUCUCAUAGAGCAAAACUCGGAAAACAGUAUGUUUCAGGAUUGAACUGCUUUCUAAUUUACUCAUCGUCCGCGCUCGCGUGGAUCCCGUACAUGGACCCGCAAUGCAAUGAAAACGUGGAAGGCGCAGUGAAUCGGACCGCCCUGUUCCUCGGCGCAAUGAUCAUCGUGAAUGUGGCAACAUUCACUAAAAUCUACUUGUUCUACAAGUCGACUGGAGGAGAUGAAAACGAAAUAAAAAAGAUAGUACGGAAGAACAAGUCGUUGUUCCUGCAAACAGUGCUCCAAGACGCAAUCAUCCUGGCAGACAUGCUGUUCACAUUCAGACUCAGGUUCUCAUAGAAUAGAUACUGGUGUUCAAUGAAUCAUGGAUUAAUUUCAGUUUGCUGAGCGAAGCACGCAUUUGGACGUUCUUUUGUGGCACGUUCAUCUGGGAAUUCGUUCAUGUGCUCGACGGGUACGCACUAUUCCACAUUUUUCCUUGAAUCCAGCCUCUUCAGAUUUGUGAUGAUCAUGUUCAACGACCGAUUGGCCUAUCUCAAGAAGGCCUUCUUUAAGGCCUCUACCACCCCGUCUUCAGUCACCGAAGUCAAAGUGUUUCCGUCCGACAAGACUUCACUGAGAAUAACCAACUUGUCGCCAGUUAAUAGUUGAUUUCUAAACGGUUAACGGUAGCUGAAAUUAGCAAUAAAGUCAGAAGAAGGAAGUGAGAGAGAGAGAGCUGACUUCUUGCAUAGCAAUAACGUCAGAGGAAGGAAGAGAUGCGGAAUGACCGACGAGAUUGACGACGGACAAAUAAGUGGGUUGUGUGGUAGCUACAAGGAAAACACAAAGAGUGAGCAUUUCUUAUUGCUAGCAAAAUACAGACAAUUCAUUUUUCAGAACAAGACUGGAGUCCUACUCGGACGGACAAACAAAAUCAACAGCAACUGCCGAAAGAAGAACAAGAGCGUUCCUGUUCGUUAA